AUGGCUUCCUUCAAAUUCUCUUCUUUCAUGACUAUAUUUUUUCUAGUCAUCUCUUAUUCCUUCAAUGUCUGCCAUGCUGAUCGUGCCUUGAUCGACAGUAUCUGCAAGCCGUCGGAAGACUACGCAUUUUGCAUUUCUCCAGUCGGCAACGACCCUCGUGCGGCGAACGCCGACCUGCACGGCCUUACCUUGGUCUCCUUCUCGGUGACAGCCAUUUAUAUUCAGGACACCCUGGAUAAAAUCUACAACCUUGUUCAACAAUUGAAAGAUCCGGUCUCACAAACUCGACUUAAGCUCUGCCAAAGUGAUUACAAUGAGGCUUUGAGCUAUUUCCAGAGCUCCUUCACCGCUACUUCCAGAGAUGCUUUUUUCGAAGCCACAGACUCCGUUAGAAUCGGAACCAACAAGGUUAAAGACUGUCACAAUAGAUUUAUGUCGAAUUCUGCUCCCCUAGCCAUAUCGCCUAUUGCUGGGGAUGAUGCCAAUGUUUUAAAAUUCUCGGGGAUUAUUCUGAUAGCCAUUGAUAAACUCAUUCCCAAUAAAUAG